AGCAGCCGCCUACACACACGCGCGCGCUGGCUGCCGCCUCAGUCGUUCGCGCACCCUCUAACGGAGAGGGUGGCUUUGUGAGCCUCCCGCGUGAUAUUCUUCUCUCUCUCUCUCUCUCUCUCACUCUGUCUCGCUCUGCGCUGUGCAGCUGCUGCAAGCCCGCACGGACGACGUGACUCUGCGCCCGAGCACCGAUGAAAGGGUUGACGUGCCCUUCUCCAGCUGGCCACGGCUGCUCUGGUUACGCCUAGGACCCGCUGAUUUUUCGCGAGCUCGCCACUCAGAGAGUCGCAUCAGCAGUGUGCUUAUACCGCGCAACAAUCGCCGGACCUGAAUAAAGCCAGAACAAAGUCGAGGCAGACGGCGAUCGAUCCAUUAUUCCCGCAAGUUCAAGAAGGUACGAGAAAGAGGAGGAGGUGAGCUGAGGAAUCAUGUGAAUGAACAGAAAUCGCGCAAGCACGGACAAAAACGGGCUCGCGCGAGCAGACUCGGCGAAAUCACGAACACGUGGCGAGACGUAAAGCGGGCGCUAAGCCUGCUGUGUGUUAAAACAUCAGCGAACGGCGCAGCCAUGCUGGAAGCACCACCGGGCAGCCGCGAGGACCUAGUGGAAGCCGCCAGGACACCUUGCACGCCCUCAGAACUCGACACGAUGCUCUACGGAUACACCAACAGCAUAUACGUCCUGGAUCACACGCCCGAGUCCCUGCCAGACAUGGACAUGCUGCAGCUGUUCGCCUCACCAGCAGGUAGGGCACUGGUGCGCUCGUCGAGGGACGAGCACCACAGUCGCCAACAGCGAGGCUCCUCAACGUCGACCUCCUCGCUGAGUCGAGACCUUGGCUGUAGCUCGACGGCCACGACGACGAUGGCUCGGACGAGACGCAACCGGGACGACGACUCGGGCGCCGGAAGCUCCAAGCGAUCGAGCGGUACCGUCAGCGCGCCCACCUCGCCCCCGGCUCGCCAGCGCAAGUCCAGCACCGAGCUCUAUAAGGAGGCCGUCGAGAUUCUCGGGCUAACCUGUACCCUCAGCGAUAGCUGUCGGUGCAUCGACUGCCAGAGCAACUACUUCGACUACGAGGACGAGUGCGGGGAAGCGCGGACGGAACUGGCAGCCGGAACGCCCAUAUUACUGGACCACGCGCUGACGCAUCCUCUGGCCUGUUCCAUUCAGUAGCGACCGAUCGGCUGGACACCACUGCGCCCGAUGUCAAAAACGGCUCUGCGGACUCAACGUCACGUCCCGGCUACUGCUGCCGCUGAAUUUUCGAAUCGAGAGCUUGGUGAUAUAUAUUCUAAAGUGCAGACUUGCUGUAUAUGAUUUGCGAUCGACGUUGAGCCCGCGGGCUGCAGCGAUGAACGAACAAAGAAACUAUUUUUAACGGAGAUCGGCUUAAUUACACCUUGAUUACUCCAUUGCUUUGUGUGCGUAUAUCUUAGUUGUGUGUACAUCGCCGGAGGUAAACGAGCCUAACGGAUCAGCGCUUAUUUAAUUGAAGUUUCAGUAAAUGAUUGGUAUCAUACACUCGUGUGUGGAAAAAAAUUCAAAAGUUGCCUUGCGAGCCUGGUUUUCACGAUAUGGGUGAUUUUUAUUUCCCUCUCACUCGGAAUUAGGCAACUUCAAAGUGAAAAAUAAAAGGAAAGUGUAAGAUAGGACGUAAGCACAUUCUUCGAGUCGACGUUUAUGCGCAUUAGUUUUUGUGUCUUCUCGUCGAAGCGAAAAUAAACGAGGGAAAGAGAGUGCUAUAUAGCAUCCGUUGUUUUUUUAUAUUUAGACGAGUAAUUAACAAAACUAUAAUAUACAGCAGUCGUAGAGCUUUUCAGUACGAGAACAAAAAAAUUGCAUAAUCAAACAGUGUCAAACAAGGGUUCGUUGAUCACUACAUUUUUCAUGUGUCAUUCUCGCCUCGUUGCGGCACACUAAUGCAUAAAUAUAAGUACCGCCAGUAUAUAUCGUACGACGUAAUAGCGAAAAUUAUUCUCAUAUAAAUUCGUCAUCCGUGUAACUCGCCAAACACACAAGCAACUCAAAAGAGUCUUCUUAGUACAUAUUUCAAAUUCGCGUAUACUUUUCUUCCGACAGCUCUUUCAUCUCAUUAUCGAUGUUUUCAUUCGCACUCGGUCUUGACAUGCGUUUUCGCCGCGAUAUUAAUUUAUGGAAAUUGUAAAACGUUAAACAAACGUUUCGUCGUGCUUUACGUAAAUCGUCGUCGAAUUUCGUUCAUGUCAUUUCGACGUUAACUCGAUUGGUAAAAAAUACACAAGGUAUAUUAAACGUGAAAUCAUAACGAAUGAAAAUUGAAGUUGAGACCGAAUGAAUCGGCGCGAAUGAGCGCUUUGAGUAUUAUUAUCGUUAUAAUUUCGAUGCAUCAUCCGCGAUCAUAACGCGAUAGCGCAAAACGAUUUUGUAUGUGCUCCUGCUAUCUUUCACAUAUAAAGAAUUCUGUAUAAUAAGGGGCAUUCACAUGUCGUAGCUGGUAAUUUAAUAAUUUAUAAAUAAAGUAAACGUAAACAAUAAACGAAUAUACAGGCCUGAGUUAUUCUCGUGCUUUUUAUCCAAAAUCGAUAUCAAUGUCGACGUAUGCACGAUCGCAAAGUACUUGUAAUGAAAUAAAACAAAAAAAAAGCAUUUUCAAAAUCGACCUUCAUUUGUUAUAAGUAUACAUACAUAUAUAUGAAUGAUCUUACAGGACGUCUUUUUAAAGAAACAAAAAAUAAGAGUAUGAAAAAAGAGAUUACGAAAAAAACACGUAUGAGUGAAGCUUAAGUGCCAAAAAGCUACAUUAUAACCAUACCUUGAUCAAACAAUGGAAGUAUCUACUUAAUACCUACGUAUACAUAAUAAUGUACUUGCCAAAAUUCAAGUGUUAUCGUGUGUACAUAAUCUAAGAGACUGCGAACUUUGGCACUUCAAAAACCAUUAACAAGUAGGUGUUGAUAAUAUUUCUACGAUAUAAUAAACGCGACGGUGCGCGCGAGUAUAAACGAGGAGACGACGAGAGGCGAAACUGCUUAUAUAGUUUAACAAUACGGAAAACUUUUGUCUUCGACACACAAACACGUACACGACACCGGGGGAUAUUAUAAUGUAAAGGAGCCGCGCUCUGUGUAGCUGUUGUAUGCAAACUUUGAAAGCUUGUUAUAUUAUGCUUUAACGGUGUGUUUAUUAUAUUCGCACAUGAUUGCCAAAAAAUAUGUAUCAUCGAGGAUCGUGCAGAGAGAAUUUACUCGCGAAGACGAUUAUUAUAUUAUACACACUUAUUAUAUACUCGACAUUUAGUUUAGUUUGUAAAGACGUUGAUUUCCCGGUGAGAAAAAAUGCUUUCUAUGUAUACCAGAAUUCCGAGCGUGAAAUUUAGAGUAUACUGUAUUUCAUAAGUUUGAUAUAAUCGAAAGUAAUUGUGAUUCGAGAACUACUGUGUUUAACUCAAGUAUUAUUUGCAUCGUACCUGUGCGCAAAGUAGGGGAGAAAAAAAAACAAGAACAGUUUAUCAGAAUUCAAACCACACAUAUUACUCUAAGUAACGACAACUCUAAUAGUUUUGAAUUUUAGGUACGUAGCUUAGACGAAUGCUCUCGAUUACGAAUAAAAAGCGCUAUUGUUGUUAAUCAUGUGUAAAAGAUUAUUACGAGGCACGAUUGAAAACAAAUUAUUGAUAUAGAUGAAGGAAAUGCUUAAUUAAUGAUUUAUCCAAUGUUAAACGACGUGAAAAUUUUAUAAACAUUCCUAAAAUUAGAUAUUGACAAUUUAAGUAAUCAACCAAGAUGAUUUGAUUAUUGAAAAUUUGAGUAGCUUUUUCGAAUGAAAAUGCAAAAAGACUUAUGAGUUACCAAACUAUGCUGAACAUUCUAAACACGAAGGAAAUUGAAUUAACGUUGCGAUAUUUUAAACUGAAGAAAAGUUUUGAAUACUGUAUCAAAAAGUGAGCAUUAUGUAACACUCUUCGCCAAUAUUAUUAGCAACUUCAGCGUUGCGAAAAAUCCAAUGAUUACUUGUAGAAAUUUGAUUUACGAUUUUAUAUGAAAACAUAUGAAUAAGUAUUCUUAUAUAAUCAAGAAUUGUAUUUGUAUGACUGCUAAAUCGAGAACAGAUUUACGAGAGUUUCACAGAAAGCAAAAUGAUUAUUGUUUUGUUGAAAAUCAAAUUUGCGUUUGUAAUAUUUCCUUUGCUGUAAUUAAAUAUAAUUUUAAUAAAUAUAUAACAUGAAAA